AUGCGUACAAACAUUCUUUUAGCCCUCGAUACCCGUAGGGCAAGACAAGACGGCUCAUACCCGCUUAUUAUGAGGCUCGGCCACCAACGCCGCACAGCGCCUAUUUCUUUAGAUAUUUAUCUGCAAGCAAAGGACUGGAACGAAGAAAAGCGCCUUGUCCGUAAUUCUUACAGUAAUGGCGAUGAAACAGCCACCCGACUUAAUAACAGGCUUGCGAAACAACGAGCGAAAGCUAUUGACCUGAUUGAAAAACUUGAAGCCGCGCAAAAGUUGCAAGGAAUGAAGGUUUCGGAAUUGAAAGCUUUCAUUGAAAAAUACAUCGACAAGGAAGAAGAAGACCCGGUCGCUAUAGAGCAAAAGGAACAAGCGCCCAAACCGGCGACAUUCUUUGAGCACAGCACACAGAUUAUUGCUGGACUGACGGAGGCAAAGCGCUUAGGCACCAGAGACAGCUAUCAGGAUGCCGUUGGCGCUGUUGAAAAAUUUCACGGCAGCAAGGAAUUGACGUUUGAGCAAAUCGACUAUGAGUUUCUGAUGCGCUUUGAAAACAAGUAUUACGCGAAGGGCAAUACAGCUAAUGGACUUGCGGUUUAUAUGCGCUCAAUCCGGGCAGUUUACAAUAGCGCCAUCAAAGCGAAGAUCGUAGCCAGGGAUUUAUAUCCCUUCCGUGAUUAUAAGAUCAAGACCACGCCAACACGCAAGCGUGCUUUAAGCUUGGAACAGCUUAACCGGAUCAUAAAUCUGGUGCUGGACAAGGACGAUCCGUUAUUCAGUGCCCGGAACUUUUUCGUCGGCAGCUAUAUGAUGUACGGCAUGAACUUCACUGACAUGGCGUAUCUGACAGAGGCAAAUAUUGUGGAUGGCCGUAUUCAGUAUCGCCGGAAUAAAACAAGCAAGCUCUACGACAUAAAGAUCAUCCCGGCAUUGCGUACAAUCUUAAAUCACUAUCGUAAGCAAAGUUCAGGGACAGCACACGUUUUCCGUAUCAUUAAACGCACUAGUGCAGAAGAACAACGCCGUGACAUCGAAUGGGCCAGGAAGCGCUAUAACAAGAAGCUGAAAGAGAUUGCGAAGCUUUGCGGUAUUUCCGGCAAUCUGACCAGCUAUGUGAGUCGCCACACCUUUGCAACGCAAGCCAUGCUGCGGAAAAUUCCAUUGUUGGCGAUCAGCGCCAUGCUUGGACAUUCCAGCGUUAAAACGACACAGAUUUACUUGCAGGAUUUGCCGACGCAGCAACUGGAUGACUACAACGAACAAAUUUUGUAUGGCGGUCAGGAAAAGAAAAAAGUGAGACAAAUAAAACACCAAUUACAAAAAGCAGAUGUUGCAGUAGCAUAG